AUAAACAAUAACGAAGAAGAAGAGGAUUCGAUACAGUAGAACUAAGAAGUUACAGAACGGACGCUGUCCUUUUUUAGACUUUAAUGGGAUAUCAUAUUUUAUUUUUAAUUACAUAACUUUAGUUACAUUUUAUAAUAUAGCAAUGACGCUUGAGAUGAAUGUCUUGAAAGGUGGUGUGUGAUGCUGAUGGAUAUUGCCAAAGAUUGCAGUGAUCUGAACAGAUGAUAUAUAUGAGAAGUCAGAAAUAACUGCACAGCUUCUAGCCCUCUCUCUGCAAAGGUUUUUGAUCUAACGUUACUGCAGCAAACAGGAUGGUGGUAGAGGUGGAGAGUUUCUAUGGUGUUUAUAUGCUGUACUGUACUAACCCGAAGUUCAAGGGUCGAAUAUAUAUUGGCUUCACUGUGAACCCAGAGCGCCGGAUAGGACAACACAACGCUGGACGACACCGAGGAGGAGCCAAGAAAACCAGCGGCAGGGGACCGUGGGAGAUGGUUCUUAUCGUCCAUGGCUUUCCAUCUGAUAUUGCAGCUCUUCGGUUUGAGUGGGCUUGGCAACAUCCACACAUUUCUCGUCGACUGUCCCAUGUUACCCGGCGCAGCCGUAAAGAGUCCAGUUUGCAAUUCCACUGGCGUGUGGUGACAAACAUGCUGCGAGUGGCGCCGUGGAGGCGACUUCCCCUCACUGUACGCUGGCUGAAGCAGGAGUACCGAAUGGACUUUGCUCCUGAACUGCAGCCUCCUCUACACAUUCCUCUAACAUUUGGCUGUGUUCGUGCUAAGACGAAACCCCAGCAGGAGUGCAAAGAACAAGAUGAGGGACCGGUGGAGAGGUGUGUGUUAUGUGGGGUGUUUGUUAAGGCUAUGGACAGACUAUCUUGUUUCCACUCUUCCUGUCAAAUGGUUAGUCAUCUGAUUUGCCUAGCUAAACACUUUCUGAAAGCAGACCCUUCCCACAUACUUCCUGUGGAGGGAAAGUGUCCAGGCUGUCAUCAAUCAGUGCUGUGGGGGAGUUUGAUACGCCAUAAAAAUGGCUGUUAUGGUGAUUUGGAAGAAAUUUCCUCAUCCUUAUCUCAGAGUCAUUGGACGGAUGAACUACAGUUGUGAAGAGUGUCAUAAAGCUGUUUCUGUUUGAAGAAGUAUCUGUUGAAUAGGAGUGUCUGAUCUGACAGACUGAGCGCUCAUUAAGGCCAAAGCAUCUUUAUAUUCUAAGAAAUGUAGAAUUACCAAAGAUAUACAGAAUAAGAUGAGAAUUCAGACAUUUUUAAAUAAGAAAAAAAAUAUUUUAAUUCCGCAGUAAUACAUGUUCGAACAUUUUGUAAGCUCAGUCAAGACAAGAAUAAUUACUGGAUAGUGUGUGUUUUUAAAACAACUGUGAUGUGAUUAUUUUGUAUUUGAAAUCAUGUGUGAAAUAUUUAUUGAACAAUAAAUCAGUGUACUUUG